UUUUUGUAGGAGCGAACGUGAAAAGUGUGGCCCCCCGAUGGGAGAGCCUUCGAGUCUCACCGGCGAUGUGGGUCCAGCCUUUCCAGUAGUGAUCCCUGUUGGGCGAGCUGGCACGGCAGUGGACGAAGCAGCGACGAUUUCGUCUGCAAAUGCUGCUGGCAGCCAAGAAGGUGCUGAAGCAGAAGCGGCCAUGUGGAAGGCACUGGGAGACGUUGUCACGACGAGGUUGCGACUCGCAGCGGACCGGAUAUCUCAGGGUGCCCCGCAGCCGAGUGCACCACCCUUCACCAGUACGAGUAGACUCCCUCCGAUCGGUCCAGGCCUUGGCAUGGGGGCACUCCCAUCAGUCCCAGUAUCUGGGGCAGGCCCUGGCCCUUGGGGAACCAUCCCACCCAUGCCGCCUGUGGUAGCACCAGCGUGCUCCAAUGGCUUGUUGUUUGUGGUCAUUCCGCGAAGAUGUCAUCAGCACAAAGCCUUGCGAUGCUUCUUGUGAUGCCGAAAAA